GACAGCGGAGGCAGCCGCCGCGGGCGGGACGCAGGGAGCCGCGGCGGUGCCGACAGGAGCGAGGAGGGUGGACUGGGGGGCCUCCCUGGCGGCGCGGAGUCGGAGGAGCCCGGGAGUGGGCGGCGGGCGCAGCUCGCGGGCCGGGCACCCCAACUUGGGACAAGUUGCCGGAACCGCGGGGCUCGCGCGGCGGACGGACUGACCUUCAGAGCGAGGGAGCGAGUGCCAGCAGCCGCCAUGGCGUCGCGCAUCGGGCUGCGCAUGCAGCUGAUGCGGGAGCAGGCGCAGCAGGAGGAGCAGCGGGAGCGCAUGCAGCAGCAGGCCGUCAUGCACUACAUGCAGCAGCAGCAGCAGCAGCAGCAGCUGGCGGCCCCGCCCACGCCGGCCAUCAACACCCCCGUCCACUUCCAGUCGCCGCCGCCUGUGCCCGGGGAGGUGCUGAAGGUGCAGUCCUACCUGGAGAACCCCACCUCCUACCACCUGCAACAGUCCCAACACCAGAAGGUGCGCGAGUACCUGUCCGAGACCUACGGGAACAAGUUCGCUGCCCACAUCAGCCCUGCCCAGGGCUCCCCGAAGCCCCCACCUGCCGCCUCCCCUGGGGUGCGGCCAGGACACGUGCUGUCCACCUCAGCUGGCAACAGCGCCCCCAACAGCCCCAUGGCCAUGCUGCACAUCAGCUCCAACCCGGAGAAGGAGUUUGACGAUGUCAUCGACAACAUCAUGCGUCUGGACGACGUCUUGGGCUACAUCAACCCUGAGAUGCAGAUGCCCAACACGCUCCCGCUGUCCAGCAGCCACCUGAACGUGUACAGCAGUGACCCCCAGGUCACGGCCUCCCUGGUGGGCGUCACCAGCAGCUCGUGCCCCGCAGACCUGACCCAGAAGCGAGAGCUCACAGAUGCUGAGAGCCGGGCCCUGGCCAAGGAGCGGCAGAAGAAAGACAAUCACAACUUGAUUGAAAGGAGACGCAGGUUCAACAUCAAUGACCGCAUCAAGGAGCUGGGAAUGCUGAUCCCCAAAGCCAACGACCUAGACGUGCGCUGGAACAAGGGCACCAUCCUCAAGGCGUCCGUGGACUACAUCCGGAGGAUGCAGAAGGACCUGCAGAAGUCCCGGGAGCUGGAGAACCACUCCCGGCGCCUGGAGAUGACCAACAAGCAGCUCUGGCUCCGCAUCCAGGAGUUGGAGAUGCAGGCCCGGGUGCACGGCCUGCCCACCACCUCCCCGUCCGGCAUGAACAUGGCUGAGCUGGCCCAGCAGGUGGUGAAGCAGGAGCUGCCCAGCGAAGAGGGCCCAGGGGAGACGCUGAUGCUGGGGGCCGAGGUCCCUGACCCCGAGACGCUACCGGCGCUGCCCCCCCAGGCCCCGCUGCCCCCGCCCGCCCAGCCGCAGUCCCCGUUCCACCAACUGGACUUCAGCCACGGCCUGAGCUUCGGGGGCGGGGGUGACGAGGGGCCCCCGGGCUACCCCGAGCCCCUGGGGCCGGAGCACGGCUCCCCGUUCCCCAGCCUGUCCAAGAAGGAUCUGGACUUCAUGCUCUUGGACGACUCCCUGCUCCCCCUGGCUUCCGACCCCCUCUUCUCCACCAUGUCCCCUGAGGCCUCCAAGGCCAGCAGCCGGCGGAGCAGCUUCAGCAUGGAGGAGGGCGAGGUGCUGUGACGCUGCCUGCCCCUGUGCAGGGAACAGGGGCAGCCUGGGGCGGGGAGGGCUGGGCCCCCUCCCCCUCCAGGGUGCACCUGCGUGUGAAGUAGCCACCUGCCCCGCCCCACGCCUCCCUGCUGGCCCCCUGUUUGGACUUAGUGCCUGCCUGGCAGCCUGUGGGGUCAGGAGAAGCCCCCACCUGCCUCAGUGCCCCACCCGCCAGGGGCAGCCCUGUUGGUGGAACUGGACCGGAACAGCCCGCUGCGGGAGGGGCCAUGUGGGGAAGGGAGGGGAUGGAGGAGCGGAGGGGAGAGGCAGUGCCGAACCUGCACCCCACCCCUGUGAAAGACAGUGGGCACCGUGGGUUCUGGAAGCAACACCUUGCCAUCCCUGCACACUCCCCUCCCACAGGUGGGGCUCCCACCCCCCUUUGGUGCUAACAGCUCUCCACCUGGUGGUGUGAGGGUGGGGGUGGUUGGAGGAGAGGGCAGGCGGGGUCCAGGUGAGAGUGCGGGGUCUCUGCUGGGAGAGCAGCCCCCUCCCGACUUCCCACUUUGUGCCUUUAGUAAACACUGUGCUUUGU